AUGGAGAAGAUUUCAGUAUCCACGUUCCUGCUCUUGGUAGCCGUCUCUCACACACUAGCCAAAGAUAUUACACCAAAACCCGGGGCAAAGAAGGAGGAAACUCAGCCCAAAUUUCCCCAGACCCUCUCUCGAGGCUGGGGCGACAAACUUUUCUGGACUCAGACCUAUGAAGAAGCCUUAUACAAGGCAAAGACCAGCAACAAGCCCUUGAUGAUUAUUCACCACUUGGAAGAGUGCCCACACAGUCAAGCUUUGAAGAAAGUGUUUGCAGAAAGUAAUGAAAUCCAGAAGCUGGCAGACAAAUUUAUUCUUCUCAAUCUAAUUGAACUUGGAUCCCAAGAUCUGAGAUCUUCUCCCUACAUCUGGCCUGAACUUGUUUUUGCCCUGAAUCCAUCCUUGACGGUGAGAGCAGAUAUUACAGGCAGAUACUCCAACCGGCUCUACGCUUAUGAACCUACUGAUGCUCCAUUGUUGCUUGACAACAUGAAGAAAGCCCUGAAGUUACUAAAGACAGAAUUGUAA